AUGUCAGAGGCCGAGGGCGACUCCAGCGCAGAUGAUGAUGAGGGCGCAGCCCACACGUCAGCCCGUGGCAGAUGCGGCCAGUUCGUCUGGCCGUGCCCGCGCGAGUAUCCCUCGCAGCUGGAUGAGCGUCGCCGGCGGAAGUGGCUGAAACCAGAGGACAUGUCGAAACAGGAGGUGGGCAAUGCGUUCAAGAAGGCGUGCAAAAAGCUAGGGCAGGGCCCCAACUUGGAGAAGGUCCACGUCUUCUCCGAGCCGCACAAGCGCUGGAAGAAGGGCACGGACGCGAGGGAGAAGCACAUGCACAUCGUGUUCAAAUUCAAGGAGCCCUUCGCGCACCAGCGGCUCCAGCGAGAGCUGUCCCAGCAGCAUGGCAUCCGCGGGCACUUCUCCUUCAACCUGACGGGGUACGCCGACUACCUGGGGUACUGCUUGAUCGAAUCGAGCAAGAAGCUUCUGGCCGACAUCGAUCGGGAUCCAUGGUCGUGGCCGCCGAUUCCUGUCGAACGCCUCCUGAAGUUAGCCGAGAAUCCCUCGGCGCAGAUGGAGGGCCGCCUCGGCGUGAGCAAACCUGGCCGAAAGAGGUCUCUCUUGACGUUCUCGGAGAUCACGGACGCUUUCGUGGAGGCGAACGUCGUGACCGAGCGGAAGGACCCUGGUUUAGACGGACCUGCCGCAUCCUACACAACGCUGGGCAAGGAGAACGUGCGGAAAUUGAUCGGCAAGGUGCGGCAGGCUUGGAACCCCGAGCAGAUCUCCGAAGGCACUCUGGUCCAGAGCCCAGAGUUCGAUCUGGGAAGGUUCAUCCCCGUUGGCUCUGUCGGUCCUGGGGUGUCGCGGUGGGCGGCUGGUGGCUGGAAGUCCACGGCGCUCGUCUUGCGCGGGCCUGGUGGCUUGGGCAAGACGGAGUUUGCCUGCGCCUUGAUGCACAUGGUCGCUCCCGCGAAGGCUUUCCAUUUCCUCAACAAGACUGACCGCCUCCGGGACGUGGAUUUCUUCCCAGGGCAGGGGUUGGUCAUUGACGAGAUGUGCCUCUGGGAGCGGGACAUCGACGACGCCAAGGCGCUCGUCGACGUCAAGAAGUUGCGGGACGUCUCGUGCCGCAACCGGGAUGGCACGAUCCCGCAGGGCACGCCGCGUAUUUUUACCACUAAUUGGUCCUGGUGGGACUUCUGGCCCCCCGCAGUCGCCUUGCCUGCCCACGCCGCCCCGAUUAGUCGACGGGUGGAGUGGGUGGAGGUCGCGGAGGACCUCCGCGCGGGCGUCGCCCCGCCACCUGAUGGGCCAGACGUGCCCAGCAGGCCCGUGGGCGGCCCCGUGCUCCCCGUUUCGCAGCCGGGUUGA